AUGCAGUCAUCUAACCCAAUCCCUUCUAUAUUCCGAAGCAACGGAACUAGAAGCUCUGAUCCGGCUCAAGUCCCCGAGACUUCAAAUUAUCCUUCGAGCGCGUGGGAGUCUGUACCUGAUGUUAAUGUUCUAGACCAGUACUUCUCGGGAGAUCUUGUGUCUGUGGCAAUGAUGCAGAACUCUGGAAACCAGCCCCACGUGACUGAUCAUACAGGAUACCACAGCAUUCCUGAGAACGCUUUGUUAUUCCACCCAGAGACAGAAUUUAAUAGACAGUUUUGCUAUCCUCCAGAUUCGUGGCAAAUUCCUCCUCCUCCCGCAGACGACAGCUUAACCCACGCGUAUAUUUGGAGCCAUAGAUCCCCUGUUUGGAUCAACUCGGGCCAAUUGCCGCAGUCUUUGGAAGCGGUAGAAUCACAGCCGUCGACGAAAUUACCAGUCACGACGUCACCUCAAGCUCGACCAACCUCUCAUGUUUGCCACUGGAUUGAAAAUGGUGUGCCAUGUGGUCAAACCAUUUCCGAUGUCAUGCGCAAACUAGGCGCUCACCUUAGUGACGCUCACAACGUACAAGGAAAUGAAAAGAAAAAGAUUGUGUGCAACUGGAAGGAUUGCGGUCGGGAGAUGCACAGAGGCGGCAUCAGGCGGCACGUAUAUAGUCGACACUUCAACAUCAAAUCACAGUGCCCGAAUUGCCUCAAGGAGUAUUCUCGCAGCGACGCCAUGAAGAAGCAUGCCAAGGAGUGUCAGACAUAG